UGGUCCUGAAUCAUGAAAAGGAGCCUGCAUUGUGUUCUGUGUACCUUGUUUAAGAAGACAAGAAAAUAGGUUAAACCAUUUUAGAAAGAUUUCUCAUUGACAGUUAUUUUUAAAACUUUCCCUCUCCGAUGCUUAAAUUCUUCAUUCAUCUCUAAUGACUAAAAGUCAUUACAUUUAAAUUUAAGUAUCCCUAAGUAUUGCUGUUACAAAGAAACAAAUUUGGAGCAUUGGUUUACUUGAAAAGGUUAUAACCCUUGCCCUCAAGGAGUUUAUAGUGUUCAUGGCAGGGGGUAUUGGGUGUGUAACAGAAGGGCUAAGUUACUGAGGGAGCCUCUGGGUGAAGAGGAGGUAAUUGAAGGGACAAUUCUAGAUGUCCCCAAAGCCAGUGGGGAUGGGAGAGCAGGUCUUGGGCUGUUCAUGUGCACAGGUCGUAGUGACUAGCUAGAAAGGAAAGAGGAGAAGUUUCUGGUUUGGGAGAUCUGGUGGCUGGCAGCCCAUGAAACUGAAGAGGGAAUACGUGAGGACCAGCAGACAUGGGGGUCGGGGCGAGAGGGUGUGGAUCAUACCUCCUGCCCUGGACAUGUGGGAUAUCCUGUGAUGGAAGUCUUCACUGGGCAGCUGAGAGGCUGGAUGGAGUUCCAAGAAGCACAAGCAGAGACACAGAUUUCAGAGUCAUUACCCAGUGGUAAAUUAAAGCCACAAGAACUCAUACACAAAGCAAAGAAACCUGCCACGUGCUGAGCUCUGUAGCAGAUGCUGGAGCAAUAAAGGAAACAACAUGAGAUAGAAACAAUUCAGGAAGAGUUUGGGAAGACAUUUGUGUGCUGGGAUCCAAGUGAUUAGCCCAAGCAAUGGAGGGAUUACAGCAUUACAUCAACCCAGCGCAUGCCAUUUCUCUCCUGAGCGCACUCAAUGAGGAGCGCCUCAAAGGACAGUUGUGUGAUGUGCUUCUGAUUGUUGGAGACCAGAAAUUUCGAGCUCAUAAAAAUGUCUUGGCUGCUAGCAGUGAAUACUUUCAUAGUUUAUUCACAAAUAAGGAGAAUGAGUCGCAAACUGUAUUUCAGCUUGACUUUUGUGAACCAGAUGCUUUUGAUAACGUUCUGAACUACAUUUAUUCCUCAUCUUUGUUUGUUGAGAAAGGCAGCCUUGCUGCUGUGCAAGAACUAGGCUAUAGCCUCGGGAUCUCCUUUCUGACUAAUAUCGUUUCUAAAACACCUCAAGCCCCCUUUCCAAUGUGUCCCAACAGAAAAAAAGUAUUCAUAGAGCAUGAUGAAAACAGUUCUCAAAAGAGAAGUGUCAUUGUCUGUCAAAGCAGGAACGAAGCACAAGGAAAAACUGUUAGUCCAAGUCCACCUGAUCUAAGCCAUACUUCUCGGCCUUCCCCGAGCAUUGCAGUCAAGGCCAAUACCAGUAAGCCACAUGUUCCCAAACCAAUCGAACCACUUCACAAUUUGUCACUGACUGAGAAAAGUUGGCCAAAAGAUGGUUCUGUGGGAUACACAAAGUCUCUUGAACGUUCUGGGUCUCUGGAUGAUACCAACAGAAGCAGUCUGGUGAGAAGGAAUGCAGUCCUACCUUCCACGCCACUACAAGACAGAGAAGCACUGGAUGAUAAACCAGGUGGAAGCGGUCAGCUUCCCAAAGGAAAAGCUAUAGAGCUGGCUUUGAAAAGGCCACGACCACCUGUUUUGUCUCUUCGAAGCUCAUCAGAGACUCCCUAUCUAUUGAAAGAAACUAACAGAGGAAGUGGCCCAGGCGAGGACAGAAACUUGUUGUACUAUUCAAAAUUGGGCUUGGUGAUCCCGUCCAGUGGGUCUGCUUCUGCAAACCAAAGCAUCGACAGAAGUGGCCCGCUUGUUAAGAGUCUCCUGCGACGGUCACUGUCAAUGGACAGCCAGGUUCCUGUGUAUUCUUCCUCCAUAGAUUUGAAAUCUUCACAGGGGUCAUCUGCAGUGCCUGGCGAUGCACCAGGGAAUGUGUUUUGUGCUUUAUCUCAAAAGUCAUCUUUAAAAGAGAGUGGUGAAAAACCAGCCCUGGAUGAUGGGACUCCACAGCCACACCGUCUCAGGUCCUUCAGUGCUUCUCGGACCACGGAGAGGGAGGGCACCCCUCCUGUUACUGAGGUUCGCAUCAAGACGGAGCCCUGCAGCCCCCUGGCAGAUCCCUCCGACAUCAUUCGGGUCACGGUGGGGGAUGCUGCUGCAGUGGCAUCUGGCACGAGAGACCUUUCUCUGAAAACGGAAGAUGACCAAAAAGACAUGAGCAGACUCCCAGCAAAAAGGAGGUUCCAGGCGGACCGAAGACUGCCACUGAAGAAGUUAAAGGUGGAUGAGCACGGCUCUCUCGUGUCAGAAGAUAAUCUCGAGGAAGGCUCAAGCCCCACUCUCAACGCAGAUUUUCCAGAUUCUGACUUGAAUAAAGAUGAAUUUGGUGAGUUGGAGGGAACAAGACCAAACAAAAAAUUUAAAUGCAAACACUGCCUUAAGAUCUUUAGAUCAACAGCAGGUCUUCACCGGCACAUUAACAUGUACCACAACCCAGAAAAGCCCUACGCUUGCGACAUCUGUCACAAGCGGUUUCACACAAACUUCAAGGUGUGGACCCACUGUCAGACCCAGCACGGCAUAGUGAAGAAUCCAUCACCAGCCUCUAGUUCACAUGCCGUUCUGGAUGAAAAAUUCCAAAGAAAGUUGAUUGACAUAGUGAGAGAGAGAGAGAUUAAGAAGGCCCUGAUCAUUAAGUUGAGGCGCAGCAAGCCUGGUUUUCAGGGGCAGAGUAGUUCCCCAGCUCAAGUCAUCAAGAGGAACUUGAGGUCGCGAGCCAAAGGCGCAUACAUUUGUACUUACUGUGGAAAGGCCUAUCGCUUUCUCUCUCAGUUCAAACAGCACAUAAAGAUGCACCCGGGAGAGAAGCCCCUUGGAGGACACAAGGUCGCUAAGCCGAAAGCGCUCGCUCUUGAUGGUCCGGUAGAGAACAAGGAGGUUUUCCAGUGCCGCCUCUGUAACGCUAAGCUCUCUUCUCUCCUAGAGCAAGGCAGCCACGAGCGACUGUGCCGAAACGCCACCGUGUGCCCCUACUGCAGCCUUAGGUUCUUUUCACCCGAGCUCAAGCACGAGCACGAGAGCAAGUGUGAGUACAAGAAGCUGACAUGCCUGGAGUGUAUGCGCACGUUCAAGUCCUCCUUCAGCAUUUGGCGGCACCAAGUUGAAGUCCACAAUCAGAACACCAUGUCUCUAGCUGAAAACUUCUCUUUACCCAUCCUGGACCACAAUGGUGAAGUCACCGGCUCCUCCAGGCCCCAGACGCAGCCCGAGCCUCAGAAAGCAAACCAUGUGGUCACAGCAAAAGAUGACAACACAUUCAGUGACUGUUCAGAGCAGGUCAACUUCGAUUCAGAAGAUUCCUCUUGUCUCCCUGAAGACCUGAGCCUUUCAAAGCCACUGAAGAUCCAAGUCAAAGAGGAGCCUUUGGAGGAAGCUGAGGAAGUGGCGCCUGAGGCCAGUGCAGCUCCCAAAGAAGCAGCUUCGAGCAAGGACUCCGGCCUGUGGCCCUGCGAGAAAUGUGGCAAGACGUUCACAGUGCACAAGCAGCUGGAGCGGCACCAGGAGCUCUUGUGUUCCGUGAAACCAUUCAUCUGUCACGUUUGCAACAAAGCUUUUCGCACCAAUUUCCGGCUCUGGAGUCACUUCCAGUCCCAUAUGUCUCAGGCUACAGAGAACUCAGCACACAAAGAAUCUGAAGUGGGCCCUGUUCCCACAAACUCUCCAUCACCGCCACCUCUGCCCCCACCACCACCACUGCCCAAGAUCCAGCCCCUAGAACCUGACAGUCCAACGGGUCUGUCUGAAAAUGCGGCUCCAGCCACGGAGAAACUGUUUGUUCCCCAAGAAUCAGACACACUUUUUUACCACGCCCCGCCCCUGUCAGCAAUUACAUUUAAAAGACAGUUUAUGUGUAAACUAUGCCAUAGGACAUUCAAGACUGCGUUCAGUCUUUGGAGUCAUGAACAAACCCACAAUUAAAAGACCUACCUACCCUUUCACCUAUAACAAAAUGGGGGAGGUCUCUAGAUUUCAGCCUAAAUGGUGAAAUGUGUCAUAUAAGAAGCAAAAUAUUUUUUACAAAAGAAUAAUAAAGGUUGGAAAUUGUUAUGUUGGAAUAUGUUUGAGGUAAACUGAUAUUAGAAAUAUCUGUGCUCAACUUAGGAAAACUAAAAAAUACAGUGCUUCUGACCUUACACUCACAGGACAUUUUGACUUCAUUAAUGUCGAAAUUUGAUUGAUUUUGGUUGUUUGCAUGGUUCCUCAUUGCACAGUGUCAGUAUAAUCUUUUACCUGAGGUGGGGGUUUUUUUGUUUUUUGUUUUUUUUGUUUUUUUUUUUUUUUACUGAUUUGCAGUUCGUAAAAUACUGUUAAAGGAUUUCUCCUUUUGAUUAUAUUAAACACCUAAGUUCUAGUUAAAUCUUAGCCAUGCUCUUAAGUCCAAAACUUAUCAGGAACAAGUGGAGUAGUUUGCAGCAUUUAGGUCUUUAGAAUACUCUAGCAAUAAAAAAAAAUUAUGAACCUCAACUUUAAUAAGUUAUCCUGACACUUGAUAAAAAUAUUUGGCAUUUUGUGGUCAUGUAGAACCUUUUUGUAUGAAAAUUGUGAGAAAUUUAAAUCAGCAAUAGUAAUACUUAGAUUUCUAUAAAAUAAAAACUUGCUCUUGGGUCAUUUAAUAUAAUUAUUGAUGGAAGACUUGAGAAAUGAAAAUACUAAGAUUUUUGGGAGGCCUCUAACAUCCGUUUACAAAAGCUUUGGUAGCAGCAGACCAAACUGCUGCACCGGUGCUGUGUGCACAUCACAGUUCUAAGUUCAGUCCAGCAUCGGAAGGACUAAAUGUUUGGUGUCCUCUGGUUUAUGCUGCCACAAAUUGAGGAUCUAAGUGUAUUUGGGACAAAGAUAGCAUGGCACUAAUUUUGAAAUUAACAACAUUAGUAUAACAAACAAGGUUGGGACCUACAUUUACAAAGAGUCAGUCCAGCUGCUCUGAAUCCCAAAUUACCACUCACUUCCAGAGACUU